UACAAGAAACGAUUAAAUUUGUGCAUUCGAAUUGUGUUUUGAAAAAGAAAGCAAGAAGGUUCGUUUUUCUCUACACAGCACAGAACUCAUUUUAUUCUUUGAAAAUGUAAAGAUUGUGAAGCAUUUUUUUGUGAUUAUACAAAAAAAGAAUUCCUGGCUGGACUGAUGAGGGGCACAGAACAGCGUUCCAGUCAGUAUAUCGUCAAGCUCAAAGCAGGUGUAUUGAAGACGGAUCUCUACCCAAACCUGCUCCAUCAUCAAGCAAAAUCAAGACACCGUUAGUUCAGAACCGGGCCUUGUGGAAUUUUAAGCUCUAAACUUGAUCCUAAUUUAAAGGUUUCAAGUAGUGUGAACCUUUAAAACAAGAUGGUGUAGGGCACGUAAGUUAUCUAAGAGAAGAUCAUUGGGAUAAUUUUUCCUACAUGGAAAUAGGAUUAUUAGAAGCAGCGUUCUCUCAUUUUCGUCACCGGACUUUAUAAGCACAAAGAUUUGAAGCAAAGUGGCGUUUGUUUUGGGUUGAUUCACCUGAGAGCACUUCAAGCUGAGCAAAAUGGAUCAGGAAUAUCAGAAACGGCUGUUAAGACAACAAAAUGGCGAGGGAUCAGUCGGAUCGCCAACGUUAAUGCCCCUGUCUCCUGGCCAGGCUGCUUCACCCAAUAAAGACAGAUUCAGUGACCGGUUCAUACCCAGCCGAGCAGGCACCAACUGGUACGUCGGGUUCAACUCCAAACAGGAGCAGAAUGAGGAGUCGCCCUCCGCUACGCGCAGGGCAAAAGACGAGUCUGACGCUAACAAGACCACAGACAUGCUGGCCUACCACUGCCUCCUCAAGAACGAGCUUCUGGGAGCCAACAUCGACAAGAUCAAGGAUCCGCAGUGCGAGGACCGUCGCAUGGUCAGUCCACAGAAGGCUAAACGCAACCUGUUCCAGUACAGCGUCCAGGCCAAGAGACCCAGCAUGGCCAAGAGCGAAGACUCCUCAUCUUACUCUCUCUCACCGGUCGGAAGCAAAAGCCAAAAGUUGUUACUAUCGCCCCGUAAGCCGAUGCGCAAGAUCUCCAAGAUUCCCUUCAAAGUACUGGAUGCUCCUGAGCUGCAGGAUGACUUCUAUCUCAACCUUGUCGAUUGGUCAUCGACGAAUAUACUCAGCGUGGGUCUAGGAACCUGCGUCUAUCUAUGGAGUGCCUGCACAAGCCAGGUGACAAGGCUGUGCGAUUUAUCAGUUGAUGGCGAUACUGUCACAUCGGUAUCGUGGAAUGAAAGGGGUAAUCUGGUCGCUGUAGGAACGCACAAAGGACUGGUACAGGUCUGGGACUCGUCUACCCAGAAGCGGGUCAACACUCUGAAGGGUCAUUCAGCAAGAGUAGGUGCCCUGGCAUGGAAUGCGGACAUGCUGUCGUCAGGUAGCAGGGACCGUAUGAUACUCCAGAGAGACGUCCGUACCCCGACCACUCCCGAGAGACGAUUGGCUGGCCACCGACAGGAGGUCUGCGGGUUGAAAUGGUCACCUGACCACCAGCAUCUGGCGUCAGGUGGUAACGAUAACAAGCUAUUCGUAUGGAACAACUCCAGCCUCAGCCCAGUCCAGCAGUACACGGACCAUCUAGCGGCAGUCAAAGCCAUUGCGUGGUCACCCCACCAGCACGGCCUGCUAGCGUCCGGAGGAGGUACUGCUGACCGCUGCAUUCGAUUCUGGAACACGCUGACCGGUCAGCCGCUCAAUUCGGUGGACACAGGGUCCCAGGUCUGCAACCUGGCGUGGUCUAAACACGACAACGAGUUGGUUAGCACCCAUGGCUACUCUCAGAACCAAAUCUUGGUGUGGAAGUAUCCAUCGCUGGUAGAGGUAGCCAAACUAACAGGACAUACAUACAGAGUAUUAUAUCUGGCUGUGUCACCUGACGGGGAGGCCAUCGUUACCGGAGCCGGGGAUGAAACUCUUCGUUUCUGGAACGUCUUCAGCAAGUCACGGUCAUCCAAGGAAUCAAAGUCGGUCUUGAAUCUGUUCAACCACAUCAGGUGAAAGAAGCAGGCAGUUGGAGCUAGAGGUACAAUCAAAAGGCAAGCUUGCUAAAUCUCUGUGAAGCUUAUCAGCGUAAGAUUGGAGAGUAACUCAUACGUAAAUCAUUACUAUUCUGAAUUGAAGAAAAUCUUCACUGAGCUCUAAUGCAUCAUUUGGAAACAGCAUUGUUGAUGUCGUACUGGAGAAAAAUUCUUCAAUAUUAUAGAGGAAAGAAUUAAUACAUAUGAGAACAUCAAUGGAAUAUGUAACGUGACGGCAGAGUAUUUCUCUCCUUUUUAAAAAUAAUUCAACGUGGUCCACUUUGUUUCCUUAUAAAACGUGGGAAGAAAAUGUCUUACUAACCUUAUUCGUUGGGAAGAGUUCAGUUUUUCAGGACAGUGCAGCGUCAUUAACAAAUCUUGUUUUAAACGAUGAUUUUUUUAAAUUUGUUGAAUUUUUUUUUUACAUGUGGAGAGAUCACAUGAAUCGUCGGUAUUGAUUUGUCUGCUUAAGUUUGCAAUCAUUUUAACAUAAUUUAUCAUUGUUUUUACUCGUUGCAGUAUUGUUUUACUUGUGGCCGACAAAUCAGUGUGGUAGAAGAAAAGCUCUUUGUUAAACACAAGUUUGUUUUGUCCAAACACAUGCAAGUACAAUUUUUAUUUUAAAGGAGAUCUUUUGGAGAAUUCAUUUCUUUGAACCCACAAACAAAUCAUGCUUUUGUUCCUUACGAUUUUUAAACAAAGUUUUUAAUUUGUUUUGUUUUGAAAUCAAAUUAUGAAGUAUAGAAGAAAGAAACUGUCCACGAGGUUCAGCCGCUGUUUUAUGACUCAGUAUUAGUGCAUGUAAAUUAUGAAUUAGUCAUCCAUCGUGUAACAUAAAACAGCGAAUAACCUUCAAAGAAAUAAACGAAAGGACAGCCACGAAGGA